AUGCAGUUGGUCGACGAUCAAAAGCUGAUAAGUCGCGAUCUAGCCCCUUUGAUUUGGAUACACAGCGAAGACUCUUACAAGCCGUCCGAUAUUGGUGCCCAAAUCGCGAAUACGAUACCGCAGGUGAACUUCCAGGCGAUACCGGGGAUUUCGUUGCCACUGACACUCAAUGACUUGGAUGCACUGAAUUCGAAAGGGAGCACCGACGUUUUUCUGACUUCAAAGGAAGGGAUUCGUGCUCUUCCUCCUUGGUUUAAAGGCGUCCGGCCGAAUCGGGAUGGCAAAACUGAAGGGGCAAUAUCUUGUGCAAUUGUCGUGACGGAGCGGGAGGCCGGGAUAUUGGAUGCUUUCUACUUCUAUUUCUAUGCCUAUAACCGGGGAAACACUGUCUUUGGCGUCGAAUUUGGAAACCAUGUGGGUGACUGGGAACAUAACAUGAUCCGUUUUAAAGAUGGUAAACCACAAGGAAUAUGGUAUAGCCAACACGCAAGCGGUCAGGCAUUCACUUGGAAUGCUGUUAGUAAACGGAGCGAACGGCCUAUCGGGUUUAGUGCGAAUGGUUCUCACGCCGUAUAUGCGACGGAAGGCUCCCAUGACCACACCAUUCCGGGAACUAACAUACCAAUUGGCAUCCUCAUCGACGAAUGCGAUGAAGGUAAUCUCUGGGAUCCAACACUGAGCGCAUUCACGUACAUGUACGAUCGCGCUACUCAGAAAUUCAAGGCGUUUGACACAGUGACUCCGGUUAAUUGGCUGAAUUUCGACGGCCUGUGGGGCGACAAGCAGCUUCCGGAUAGUACAGAAGGUCAAAUAAAUCUCUUCGGCCAGCGGAAAUACACCUCAGGGCCCAAUGGACCGAAAUUCAAGGGUCUCGACCGGAACGACAUCUGCCCGCCGCACGUUAAGCUUUGCCGUCUCCGCGAGAAGCUUAUCCCGGAGGAAGAUGAGGAACGUGAACUCCGACGUAUCUUCCAGAUACCAGAUGAAGCCGCUUUGGGAGCGUAG